GAUAUAUGGUGACCAAUAGCCAUUCGGAUUCAAUCUUUCACUCGCUAAUCAGAUGACCUGGUCAAUAAUUGAAUAGCCUAUCACCGAGACUGGUCAAUAUUUGGACGGCCAAUCGCAGGGCGAAAUCAAUCUUUGUGUUAGCCAAUCACUGGAACGCUUCGAUCUUUUGGGCGGCCAAUCGCUGGGGGGAGCAGAAUCUUAAAUGUCCCGCCUACCCGGUACCGGCAACUUGAUGACCAGAGCUCAUUGUUGGUGUUCUGUCGUCGGUUUGGAAAAUGUCUAAACAAAACUCCAAAAGCCACAAGGCUAUGGAUGAUAACGAAUGGUUCUCUAGACUGAGGUCUUUUGCUUCCACUGGUGUCUGGCCAUCAGAUGCAGGUAACCGACCUGCCCCAAGGCAACAGAAGUGGUACACUCUGUAUCAGAAGAUAGAGAAGUGCCCACUACUGCUGAGAGGCCAGCGGACACUUUUCUCCCAGCCACAAGGGUGUUUGUGUGGGUUUCAUCUUCCUAAGGUGCCUACAGCCUCAUCUAGACCUACAAGCAGUGCAGCCCAAUCAACUAGCAGUCAAAGUAGUUCCAUAAUGCUCCAGACUGCUACUCCAGUCAAAUACCCCACAGGUUACAGCACACCUGGAACUCUGGCAAAAAGGCCAAAACUCACCCUAUCUUCAUUUGAAAGGUCCAGAUUUGGUGGCAGGCAUGUGGAGAAUGCAAAGCCAAAUAUAAAUGUUGCACGAAAAACUCAUACGAAUGCAACACGUGCUUGUACAAGUACAGCAGCCCAUUCUUGUGCGGAUCCAGUGCCAGCAGGUGGUUCGCUUCACAACAUCUCUCCACCACAGCCUCAAAGUGCAGAGACCUUUUUUCUUGCUCCUCCAUUACCGGCUCCCAAACGACAACGGCCAGUGGAAGAGCAGAGUUCAGGAGUAAAUGCAAACCCAUUCCAGCCUGAGAACACUGCUGUGGUCCAGUCCCCUCACCUGCCGGGGCUCCAGCCUGCGUCCUCCGCUGUGGUCCAGUCCACUGUUUCGUCGGGGUUACCUGGGCAAACUACAUCUUCAGAGCAAGUUGCCGUGGAUGAACACAGUAGGGCAGGAAUGGAUCGUGUUGAUGUGCUUGCGGAGUACUUGGUGGAACUACGAAAGGAAAAAGGCCUAACUCUUACCAACCAGCAGGCCAACACCAUUGUGGGUCUUUGGCAUAAAUUGGAGCAAAAUGAUAAAGACCGGAUUUUGUAUGCUGCACGACAUCAGGAACGACUGCUCACUGGUCGAUUUAGGUCACCCAAAAAGAAGGCUGUUUAUGCAGGAGUUGAAAGCACAAAAAGGUGUGUACUUGGUUCUUCUGGUUCUGCUGCUCAAUGGCCAGAUUGCAGCCGACUUAUUGAAAUGAUCUUUAUCAGGUUGUGCAACAUUCAUAGUAGCCCCAAAAAAAUUGGACACCAAACUUUUUCUAGGUGGUCACAAAUUCUAAAUGAUUACAAAAACAUUCGACAGCUAAUUUUGAACAAUGGCAUUAUUAUGAAAGACACAACCCUGCAACUUGUCACUGUAAACCAGACCACCUUAAUACAGUGGCAUAACAAAAGAUUUAAAGCACAAGAUGUUGCCAUUCUGAUGCAAGGGCUGGUACUGCCUCAGGAACGGCCCAUUGCCAGUGAACCACUGCUCCCAGUAAAUGCUAGGCCCACUCAACUCACACCACACAAACAUGAACACACUUACAACCUGCCACCUGACACCACUGGCCAGGCAAAAACAAAACUCACUAUCAGAGACAGAGCUGAGCUGAAAACCAUUCAGCCAAAACCCCCUGCAUCUCACCCAACAGUUUUUUAUAUGCCACUCCACAUGCCAUCUACCACUGCAGCAGGCAACAAUUUGCCACGGCUUCUGCUGCCACCCCCCACUACACCAAACAUCAUAUGCCCACCAUAUUCUAAAACACCUACAGGCCUUACCCAAACCCAAGAGACAACCCAAAAAGAAAAGCGCAAAUACACAAGGACAGUCACAUCCAACAGAUGCACUAAAUGCGGUGAGCCACGCACCACAGAAACUGGCCAUAGCCAAUACAAAGGCAGGAUUUACUGCCCAAACAGGGAGACACUGACCAAAGAGCAGUGGCUCAGAAGAAUGAGAAAAUAAGGGAGUACAAUUGGGUACUUUUUCACACUAAUUUUAUUGUGUGUGUGUGUGUAUAUAUGUUCAUUUAAAUAUAUGAUGUUAGUGUGUGUAUAUAUGUUCAUUUAUAUAUACGAUGUUAAUGUGUGUAU